AUGUCUGAGAAAAAUACUCGUAUUGCAAUUGUCAAUGACGACAAGUGUAAGCCUAAAAAGUGUCGUCAGGAAUGUAAAAGGUCGUGUCCCGUUGUGAAAACCGGUAAGCUCUGUAUAGAAGUUGCUCCAACUUCCAAGAUUGCAUUUAUCUCUGAAAGCUUCUGUAUUGGUUGUGGUAUUUGUGUUAAGAAAUGUCCGUUUGAUGCGAUUACAAUCAUUAACUUGCCAACUAAUUUGAACUCACAAGUUACCCAUCGUUACUCUGCUAAUUCGUUUAAGUUACACAGAUUACCAACUCCAAGACCUGGUCAAGUUUUAGGGCUGGUAGGUACUAACGGUAUUGGUAAGUCAACUGCUUUGAAAAUUUUAGCCGGUAAGCAAAAGCCCAACUUGGGUCGUUAUGAUGAGCCUCCAGAAUGGUCAGACAUUAUGAAAUAUUUCCGUGGUUCUGAGUUGCAGAACUACUUUACAAAGAUGUUAGAAGACGAUAUUAAGGCUAUUAUCAAGCCGCAGUACGUUGAUAACAUUCCUCGUGCCAUUAAAGGUCCUAUGCAAAAAGUUGGAGAAUUACUGAAAGCUAGAAUGGAAAAGACUCAGGAACAGGUCAAAGAAUACAUUGAUAUUUUGGAGCUAAAGAAUGUGUUGAAGAGAGAUAUCGGCGCUUUGUCUGGUGGUGAAUUACAAAGAUUUGCAAUCGGUAUGUCAUGUGUUCAAAACGCUGAUGUUUAUAUGUUUGACGAGCCAUCCUCUUACUUGGAUGUUAAGCAGCGUUUAAACGCCGCCUUUAUUAUUAGGUCUUUAUUGAACCCAACCACUUACGUCAUCUGUGUGGAGCACGAUUUGUCUGUUUUGGAUUAUCUAUCGGACUUUAUUUGUAUUAUCUAUGGUGUUCCUUCCGUGUAUGGUGUCGUUACUUUGCCAUCUUCUGUCAGAGAAGGUAUAAAUAUUUUCUUAGACGGUCAUAUCCCAUCUGAAAACUUGCGUUUCAGGGUGGACGCUUUGCAGUUCCGUUUGAAAGAAGCGGGAGAUGAAUUACAAGGUGAUGCUACACGUGCUUUCCAAUACCCAACAAUGAAGCGUACUCAAGGAGACUUUAAGUUGGUUGUUGAGCCAGGUGAAUUUUCUGAUUCCGAAAUUAUUGUGAUGAUGGGAGAAAACGGUACUGGUAAGACUACCCUCAUUAAGUUGCUAGCUGGUGCAAUUCCAGCAGACGACGAUAUGGACAUACCAAAGCUAAAUGUUUCAAUGAAGCCUCAAAAGAUCGCACCAAAGUUCCCAGGUACUGUACGUCAACUUUUCUUCAAGAGAAUUAGAGGGCAGUUUUUGAACCCUCAAUUCCAAACUGAUGUUGUUAAGCCAUUGAAGAUUGACGAUAUCAUUGACCAAGAGGUUCAACAUUUGUCUGGUGGUGAGUUGCAAAGAGUGGCAAUUGUCUUGGCCCUAGGUUUGCCAGCUGACUUAUACUUGAUUGAUGAACCAUCUGCAUACUUGGACUCUGAACAACGUAUUAUUUGCUCGAAAGUUAUAAGGCGUUUCAUCUUACACAACAGAAAGACUGCAUUCAUUGUCGAGCACGAUUUUAUUAUGGCUACAUAUUUAGCCGACAAGGUUAUUGUCUUUGAGGGUACUCCAUCCAAGGAAGCUUUCGCUAGAACUCCAGAAACUUUGUUAACUGGUUGUAACAGGUUCUUGAAGAAUUUGAACGUCACUUUCAGAAGAGAUCCAAACUCUUUCAGACCAAGAAUCAACAAAUUAGAUUCUCAAAUGGACAAAGAACAGAAACUCUCUGGUAACUACUUUUUCUUGGAUAGUGCUGCUGUUUAA